AUGGCAGCACGCGGAGGCGGCAGAGGCGGCGGGCGAGGCGGGCGAGGAGGUGCUCGUGGCGGCGGCAAGUCCGGUCUGCCGUGGGAAUAUGACCCCAACCCGACGCUCGACCAGCCCCAGGAGACGUAUCCCAAGACCUACCGCCCUCCCCUCGCCAGCGCCCACCCGCUCACGCCCUCCGAGGCCCGCGCCGUCCGCUACCUGGUCAAGUUCCGCCGCGACUUCCACAACUCGGGCCUCUAUACCCACCGCCACCUGGCCCCGGAGUCCGUCAGCGCCUCGGAUGACUUCUCCGACCCCGUGUCCAAGGCCUACGGCCAGCAGCAGGUGAACGACCGCUACGGCGUCAAGAACAAGGCCACCAUCGACCCCUUCCUGUCCGUCCCCAUGUACACCCACCAGUUCGUCGCCGAGACCCGCACCAUGCCCGACCUGCGAGGCCACCCCUUCCACCAUGACUUCUUCCCCGAGGAGCUGUGGAACACCCUCGACAACAAGGACGGCGGGCCCAAGGGCCCCAUCAGGAAGCGCAAGUCCAUGGCCGUCGACGAGGACCCCUUUGCCCUCGACGACGACGACGACCUCGACGAGUCUGGACAACGUAAGAAGCCCAUGACCGACGAGGAGCGGAGGCGCCGCAUCGAGGAGGCUGCUACCGGCAAGGAGGCCGACGACGACAUCGCCGACGAGGAUGCCGAAGAUGAAGACGGCGACAUGUCCCAACAGGACGACGACUUUGAGGACGACGAGGAUGGUGGCGAUUACAAUGCCGAGCAGUACUUUGACGGCGGGGACGACGACCUUGAGGAUGAAGGCGGCGGCGAAGCUGCUAUGGACUAG